AACCCGAGACGCGCCGGCGCUCCCUCGCCCACAAAAAACCGUAAAAAACCAAGUACUCCCUCCUCCAUCGCUCGCACGCCGUCGCGCGCGCGCACGCACGCACGUCGCCUCCCUCUCCUACACACGCUCGCCCGCCUCUUCCCCGCCAAACAAACCACCCCCCAAAUCUUUUCCUCCCUACCCACUAUAUACGCCAAGAAAACGCAUACAAACAACUCCUCUUCUUCUUCCUAGCUUCCUCCCCUUCCUCCUCCUAGUUCGUGGACACUAGUACGAUGGUUGGGCCGAUCGUGAUAGCGUCGGCGGGGCUGGGGAUGCUGGCGGGGGUGGCCAUGGCGAACCGGACCAUGGGCGGCGGCGGCGACGGGCGGCAGCUGCCGGCGGCGUCGAGGUGGGACGCGCGGCCACGGUGCGCCACGUGCGGCGGCAGCGGCCGCGUCGACUGCCUCUGCAACCGCUGGUCCGACGGCGACUCCGGCUGCCGCACCUGCGCCGGCUCCGGCCGGAUGCCCUGCCGCAGCUGCGGCGGCUCCGGCACCGGCAGGCCGCUCCCCGCCCGCCUCAUCGCCCGCGGCCACCACCACCACCACAACCCGCCGCCGUCGUCAGCGCCGGGACGAGGCGGUGACUACAGCUGAUGAUAGCCAAGCCAAGAAGACAAAAAAGUAUAUAUAUGUACAUGUCCAUAUUCAUGUGUGGAUCUUGAUUAUAUAUAUACAUAUAUGUAUAUAUGUAUCGAUCUUCAUCGUCGAUACUGCUUGCUCAUCUACAAGAUCGACUAUGCAUAUGUUCUUGUGUUGUUCGAGUUGGGAUUGUUAAGUUGAAUUUACACAACUCAAGAAGAUGUGGGGAAAGAAAAAGGAGCUGGGGCGAGAAGCCGACAACUGCAGGUUCAUCAAGUUAGAGGCCAUGGAGAGAUGAAGAUAGGGGGAUAGCUAGCUAGCUAGGCAAGUGAUCAGUUUUGUUGGCCAAGGGAAAGUUGUAGUUCAUUGUUGUGGCUGUAAUAUAUAUGCAUAGAAUUCGUUAUUAUAAAGAUUAAUUUCCAGAUUUGGAUCUUCAUGA